CACGUGUAGAAGAACAGCUACUUUUGCUUACACUUCUACUGUUUGUGGAUGAAGGUGCUUGCUGGUUCGUGUUGAAAUAAAAAGUGAGGUGAAUCUUACCUUACCUUUACCUCAGGGUUUCGACGGAGGUGGGUUGCCAUGGCAUCACGAGCAGGACCGCGCGCUACCGGAACAGACGGCAGCGACUUCCAGCACCGCGAGCGCGUGGCGUCACAUUAUCAGAUGAGUGUGGCUCUGAAGUCUGAGAUCAAGAAGCUGAACAUCGCUCAUGCAGUGGUCUGGUUGCUUGUAGCAGCACAGGUGGUGGUCAGUCAGCUGAACUUGGUAUCCCAUAAAGUGGUGGCCUCUCCUAACCAAUGGGAAUACCCGUAUCUUCUGAGCAUCAUACCUACCGUCUUCAGUUUCAUGGCUUUGCCGAAAAACAACAUCAGUUACCUGGUCAUCUCAAUGAUCAGCGCCGGGCUUUUUUGUGUCGCUCCUAUUCUUUAUGGAGGGAUGGAGAUGUUCCCUGCGGCUCAGCAGCUUUAUCGGCACGGCACAGCUUAUGGGUUCAUCUUUGGCUUCUCUGCUGUCACUGUAAUGUACUUAGUUUUGAUUAUUUCACUUCAAAUACAUGGCUGGCAGAUCUACUACAGCAAAAAGCUGCUGGAUGCCUGGUUCACCAGCACACAAGAUAAGAAGAAGAAAUAAGAGACUGCUGGAGAAUAAUAGUUUAUCAGCUGCUUAUGUGUGUCUUUAUUUUCUCUUCCUGAGGGCUCUUCGAUCACAUACAUUUUUAUGAUUACCUGACUAAGUACUUUGAGCCUAAGAGGCGAUCAAAUGUGUAAAACCAGGAUGUUCAAUGUCAAACUUCUCGUCCUAGAUCAAGACGUCACUGAAGUCCGUUUCUGCUUGGGUUUGAAAUGCAGUGUUUUGUAAUCUCUCUCUGUUUCCACCCCAGUUCCACAUGCUGUUUAAUAGAUACCUCAAGUCAUUGAGGAGUUCAUCGGGAUCUAGGUAUAUCUGGAAAAUGUAACCUCAAUGAUGAGGAACCAGACAAGUGUGUGAAGAACCACAGCAAAUGUCCAUGUAUUAAACAGUGUAUGUCAGAUAUUCUGUUCUUUUCCACCAAUCAGCUAUCAAUAAAAUUAUCAGGAAAUGUUGAGUUA